CGUUGUGUUGGGAAGCUAAACUGGUGGAUGUUUGCUCGCUGACUGUGCGCUUAUAUUGCCACAAGAUAGGACAACCAGGUCUCAUUGCACCUCCUUCUUUUUCCAAUCGAUCAUCAUUCAGUUUCUGCCCAAAUGGAGAAAGAUCUGGACCUCAUUAAGCAACGUGAUGUUUCUGAAAAUCAACUGAAUGACACAAGUUGAAGAGAAUGGCAAACAGAGCAGACAGCCAACAUGUUGAGACUUCGGCUGCAGAACGGCAGAAUUCCAGCAACCAAACAAAAGGAGUGGACUGGACUGUCAUUGCACUAACCUGCCAAUACAAGGAUAGUAUUUAUGCCUUCCAAAGAGAACUUGAAAUCCGCCAACACAAAGGAUCCAUUGCUCCUGAUGUAGUUCUUCUCACCGUGGAGGAUCCACAGACUCGUGUUGGUAGUGGUGGUGCCACCCUCAAUGCAUUGCUGGUAGCUGCAGAACAUCUCAGUGCCAAGGCAGGAUAUACGGUCGUCACCUCUGAUGUACUGCAGACAGCACGAAUACUGAUUCUCCACAUGGGCCGAGACUUUCCCUUCGAUGACUGUGGCCGCUCGUUUACCUGUUUGCCAUUGGAAAACUAUGACAGCAAAGCAGAAGCCCUUGUUUGUAACAUCGAUGUUCUGCUGCACAUCAUGACGUACAAGUUGGGACCAGGUUGUACGCCAGGUGUGUGGGUCUGCAGCACGGAUAUGAUCCUGACUGUCCCCUCCUGCCCAGAUAUUUGCUGGGAAGGAUUUGCUGGUGUCAAAGUAGUGUCUGUCCCUGGCACAGUCAGUUAUGCCAGGAAUCAUGGCGUCUACCUCAUUGACCAAGAGGGUUAUGUCUGUGACAUAAUUUAUAAAGGGACAGAAGAAAGGAUAAAGGAAUGUGUAUUAUCGGAUGGUCAAGUUCCUCUGGUAUCAGGUAUUGUGUUCUUCUCGUGGGAGACUGCUGAGAAACUCCUGGCCACACACGUCACUCCUCCUCUGGACUCCUGUACCUAUAUGGGUCUGGACUCGGGGACUCGUCCCAUUCAGCUGUCUAUUUUCUUUGACAUCUUGCUCUGCAUGGCACGCCAUACCUCUGAAGACAUCUUUGUGAACAGAGCAAGUCGGGUUCUGCAGAGCAGUGACAUUGCAAAGCCCAGCAUAACUGAUAACACUGAUGUGGCCAUCAUGAGGAGUGCCAGAGCUGUGCUGUGGCAAGAGCUCCGUGGGAUCCCUGUCACUGUAGCCUACAUAGCUGAUGGUCGCUAUGACUACAUGAGCUUGUCGGCAGAUGAUCACAUACGGAAUUUGACCCGGAGGGGGAGCAUGUCGAGCGGUUUCGUGGCCCGCCACAUUGUCCAUUCUGAGCUGACACAUCCUGUUCUAGUGCAUGAGGACUGUUCUGUCAUCAACAGCCUCCUGGAUGGGGAGAUCUCGAUUGAGCCAAAUAGUGUUGUCCAACACUGCCACCUGCAGGGAUCCAUUCAUGUAAGGCCUGGCUGUCUUCUUUCGGGAGUGGACUUGAUCUCAUCUCCUGUCCUCUGCCAGUACCAGCUCUACAGUGUAAUCAUCCAGGGGCACCACAUCAGGCUUCAGGACCUAAAACUGAAGAUUUUCAGCAUCACGGGACAUCAGGAUGAUCUGCAGGUGCCUUUCGCCAAUGAUUCUUCCACCUUCCUGAACAUUCCAUGGGCCAUGUUUUUCUCAAGGACAGGAAUAAAGAAGGAGGAGCUGUGGGAUCCCAGCAUUCCUGAAGGUGACCGGUGUCUGCUGAAUGCUCAGCUCUUUCCAAUCCUCCAUACAUCGGAACCCAUUGGGAUGGAGGAUGUACUGUGGUUUCUGGGAUCAGAGAAAGGACGGUUCCUGAGCAAGUGGCAGUCAGCUUGGCGUCUAUCGUUGCGGGAAGUCCUGAACUGCCUGGACCAACAAGCUGAGCUUGCCUUUCGACAGCAGCUCUUCCUUAAACAGGCUCAACAUAAAGUCCAGAGUACACUGCAGAAUCGCAAAGACAACAGCCUCUGGCCUCUGAUCAGGGCAGCUGUCUGUGAAGGUCAUGAGCAACAGAUCCUCAACACUCUUGAUACAGUUGCUACUACCACUGAGGACCUGGGCAUUGCAGCCCGUACCCUUGCCUGUGUUGCUGAUGUCUUGGGUUGCAUGGCUGGAGGGCAAGGAGGGCUCCGGAGUGGACCUGCUGCCAAUCCAGCAUGGACUGAUGCUUUCCGCCUACUGGAAGACAGGAACGUGGUGCUUGGAGUGAAGAGAUUAGCGGAGGAGCGGGCCAACUGGUUGAACAGACCAGGCCUUCUGGUGAGGGCUGCCCGUCAUUAUGAGGGGGCGGAACAGAUCCUCAUCCGACAAGCUGUGAUGUCAGCACGAGCGUUCAUCUCCAGGGGUCAGGGAGAGCUUCCUCCCAUGAAUCACUGGGUGGUGGCAGAAUGCCCUGCCCGUAUCGAUAUCUCAGGUGGCUGGAGUGACACACCUCCAAUAACGUAUGAGCAUGGAGGAGUGGUGCUGGAUAUUGCCAUUCUAGUGGACAAGUGCAAACCAAUUGGUGCAAAAGUGCGUCGCAUAGCAGAGCCCAAGUUGCACUUAGUCCUGAACAGUGGAGGCAAAGAGACAGGAAUGAGCAUGGAGAUAGUGUGUCAGACUCUGGAGGAUCUGCGGGACUACUCUCAGCCACGUGCACCAGGUGCCUUGUUGAAAGCAGCCUUUAUCUGCACAGAAAUUAUACAGUACCCUUCGCAGGUUUCGUUGCAGGAUCAGUUAAUGUCGGGGUUUGGUGGUGGCUUUGAGCUUCAUACUUGGUCCAGUCUCCCACAUGGAUCUGGCCUUGGUACGAGCAGUAUCCUUGCUGGGGCAGUGAUGGCAGCUCUGAUCACAGCCGCUGGAAAGACCUACGACACCUCAUCCCUGAUCCAUGCCGUUCUUCACCUGGAGCAAAUGCUGACAACGGGUGGAGGUUGGCAGGACCAAGUUGGAGGUCUGGUGCCUGGUAUCAAGAUCGGUCGGUCCAAGCCCCAGUUGCCGCUGCGAGUAGAUGUUGAGCGCAUUGCAGUGACUGAUGCCUUUGUGAAGAGUCUGAAUGACCACUUGCUGCUGGUAUACACGGGGAAGACACGACUUGCACGCAACCUUCUGCAGGAUGUACUGAGGAGUUGGUAUGCCAGGCUGCCCAGUAUUGUGGAAAAUGCAGAUGCACUAGUGAGGAAUGCAGAGGAAUGUGCUCAAGCUUUUAUCAAAGGUGACCUCUCCUGGAUCGGCCAGUGCCUAAAUACCUACUGGCAGCAGAAGAAGCAUAUGGCUCCUGGGUGUGAGCCAUCUGCCGUCCAACAGAUAAUGGCUGUCCUCCAGCCCCACGUAUAUGGGCAGAGUCUGGCUGGCGCAGGUGGUGGAGGCUUCCUUUACCUUCUGACCAAGGAACCUCAACAGAAACAGGCCAUCGAGAAGAUACUGACAACAAGCAAGGGUUUGGGGAACUUCAGUGUCUAUGCGGUGGACGUAGAUGAGACUGGAAUUACUGUGCGUCUGACUGGAGCUGACGGACAAUGAAUCUUACGUGAAUUAUUUAAUACUCAAUCUCCUGCCUUACAAAAUAACCUUUGGGUUAAACCAGCAUCAUGCACCAAACUUGGACUAUUGUGGAAAAAUCAGAGAGAAAUCACUGGGUAUGAUGACAACAUUUUAAGUGACUUUCAAAUCGCUGCAUCAACUUUUCUGAUAAAGUUUAUUUUUAUGAAGCCAAAACUUCAGAAUCAUUCCAGUAUAUGCUACAAGCAUCGGCAAUGAUCUGAAGCAAAUUCUCAACAAUUCAGAUGAUACCACCACUAGCUGGAUGAUGUUUGACUGUCUUACAAAUCAAUUCACACUCCAGAAUUAUUUAGCUAUACUAGAGUGGAACUUCAUGAGCGUUUCAGUCAGUUGCUAUUCAUCGAAGUUCUGGGCAUCACUGGCCAGGCCAGCAUUAGACUUAAAAAUUUGCGCAUGGGUUUUGGGGGUUGGCGGCUGAUCUAGAGAAGAUGGUGGUGUUGGGCUAGCUUCUUGAACCACUUAGUCUGUAUGGUAUAGGAAGGGAAUUCUAGGAAUAUGACCCAGCAACACUGAAGGAAUGGCAAUAUAUUUCCAAGUCAGGAUGGCAGGUGGCUGGGAGGCGAUCCUGAUAUUCCCAUGCAUCUGUUGCCCUUGUCAUUGUCGAAGAUUAGUAAAGACAUGAAGCAAACUCACUGCUCUCAUAAAUAUUGUCAUAGAAUUAUUUAUUUAUACCAGAAUAAGUAGGUGAGGCUUUGAUUUAACAGUUCAUGACCAAGGUGGCAAUGCUCUGAGUACUGAUGUACUGCAUUACAUUAAGCUGUCUUUUCAGAUUUAUUUUUGCAUCACACAGGAAUGAAUAAUUGUAGUAAUUUAGUCACACAUUCAUUAAAUAUUAGCCAUUGCUUAUCCACCAUUAACUGUUUCAGUAAAUUUCCCCAAACCAUUGUUGCCACUUAGUUCCUUACACCAUUUAGUUCUCUAUUUAAAUUCAAGAUUCUAGUUUCAGAUUUGACUACUUCAUCCUCCAUCUUAAUGAAGAUCUCCUAAUAUGAUUGCUCUUCACCAGAGGACCAGUACAAUUGUUAAUCCUUGCUCAAUACAAUAGUACCACGUCUAGAAUAGCCUGUUCUCUGAUUGGUUCAUCAAGAUAUAGAUCAAUAAUAUUCACCAAAUACACACUCUUUGAAAUCCUCCACAAUGUAAUUGAUAGUUAAGUUUCACUUUUUUAAAUAUCCAGAAGUGCACUUAUAAACAGCCCGAGUUUUUGCUUCCCCAUCUAUUAACCACCUAGUUUGGCUUCAUUAAUCUAUAUGUAAAUUGGGCAACUGUAUUAAAGAUGUAUCCUUAUUGCAUGCAUAUCUAAGUUCUUAUUUAAUGCCUUCCCAUACAUAUUCACCACCAUUUGGAAGUUUAUACAUAAUGUAUCUAUCCCUUGAUAUUUCUUAUUUCCACAUCAUGAUUUUCUGAGCCAAUUAUAGUUUCUCAUUAUUACAUUGAUUUAUUCCUUUACUAAUAAUGUUCCCCCACCUGCUUUCCAUUUUUGUCUCUCCUUCCUAAAUAAUGAAUAUUCCUAGAUAUCCAGGUUCCAUCGUUGGUCAACCUGCAGCCGUGUCCACAUCUAUUCACACUGCUAAUUCAUGUACUUCCUUUCUAAUGUUCCACAUAUUAAGACACAAAACUUGUACACAAGACUUUUUAAACCUUGUUGGUCAUAUUACUUUUAUUGUCCCCCUUCAGAACACCCUCCAAGACAUGGGAUGAUGUGGACAAAACAGAUUCUCUGGCAAUUCAUUUCUUUGUCUACUUUCCACAUUACAUGCAAUAAAACAGUUUGGAAUUAUAUUGUCUGGUGCAAAGCAUUUAGGACAGCUGGAAGUCACAAAAAACACCAUUAAACCACAAAGAAUGAUUUGGAUUUCUAAAGUGAACUAAUUUAGACAACUUUCAAACCUUGAACACAAUAAAUUAUGAAUUUCCAUUCAAUUCUCUGGUAUGAAAGUAUAGGAAAAAGUGAAAACUGUUCCCCAUGAACAAUUCAAUCUGCAGCACAUACCAGGGAGGUCCUCCUGCUAGUUUGAUGCCUCAGGUAUUCGUUUUCAUACGCAUAUUCCGUUCCUUAAAUAUUCCACUGCAGGGUCCCACAGCAUUGAUUACUGAAACUUUGUAAUGGAGAGAUUAAUAUUGACCAGGUUACUUGAAAUACCCGACAGGUUCUUCCUGGCCAACCACGCACACGUGUGGAACCUUGGCUUAACAUCUCAUCCAGUCAUGCCAGGGUAGUAUGGAGAGGAUGACUGGCAGACAGCAACAUAUUAAGAGUCAUUAGCUGGCUAUUCAAACAUUGGGAUUACCAUAACCAUGUCUAAUCCACACUUACUAAAAUUAUUCGUGGAACUGAAUUCAGGAAUCAGAUUUUAGCCACUGCUUCAUUUCUCAGCAUUAUGAAGUCGCCCCUGCCAAUCUCACCAGGUAUCGGGGUGAAAUUGGGCACUAUUCCUAGUCUGCGUGGGUCAGUAUGUCAGUGGACAGAGUAAAUCGAUUACCUCUGAAAAGUUUGGCAAAACAAUCCAUCUCUCUAUAAGCUGCAACACGACUUGGUACAGCAUAAUCCAAAUGUGGUGAAGUAAUACUCCAGCAUGUGGAUGUACUGUAUACUUCUAAACCAGUCCCCAAGACCCUGAAACUGGACAUGCUCCAAGUCUGUCAAUUAAUGCACAAUGAUCCCUUUGGAAAACAAAAACGUAUGUAAGUCAUUGCUGGUGCACACCAGAUCCAGUCAGAGGUUUGUGUUUUAAAUGCCACACAAAGCUGCACUGUCUGAGUAUGCACAAACAUGCUGUCCAAGAGAAAUCAUAAUAAUCAAUCCUCUAAAGGUUGACCAGACACAGCUGCUACAAGCGAAGUCUCUUGAUGUCCUCACUACGAAAGUCAUUCCGCAGUGCUAGCACCUGACGCACCUCAGCAGGCGUAAGACGCCAGGUCAAUGGACCAGAGUUCUGUCCCCAGUAAUCCAAGAUCUCAGUGACCUAUGGAAACAAAAAGUGAUGAAUGAUACAGGUGCAAAACCACAUGUAUUUCAAUCUCUACAAAGCAUUUUAACAGAAGUAGUCACCAAGAUGGAUUCUGGUAGAGUUACAGAUGUGGAAAAGAGUGACAAGAUAUGUGUGUCCAACAGAGACUGAACAGGGUUGGGAGAAGCAGGAUUUACAGUUGAUUUAUAGUUGAAGGGUGAAGAGUGGCAGGAAGUGAAGUUAUGAAGGAAGGCACAAAUAAUCAUGUUUUCACUGGAAAAAUGACUGAUAGGAGAAAUAAGUGUUUUCAAAUAGUGAAAUGUUAAAGAUUUGGAACACGAGUAACGGUGAUAUAAUUCACAUGUCCUUUGCAAAGUUAAAGAGAGUAGAAAAUUUUUCUACUGACAGCAUUGACUCCCUGAGCAGCAAGUUGCUCUCAGGUUUAAAAAAAACACUAUUUAGAUGUAUCAGUUGAUUCCAUGAAGUAAGGAAUCAACAUCUUUUGAUGGGAAAACAUUAUAAAAUCUAUAUCUGGAUGGAGGAGACUCGCUGGACCAAUAUAUGUUGUCCUCUCAGGAGCUAAGAGUCCCAUUGCAACUGUUUUGUUGCAGCUAAUGCACUACUAUAGAACAUCUCUGAACCAGCCUGUUGUUGCUUUACAAUGAUCCCCUUCUGCGUUUUGUUUGAAGCUCCCCAAUCAGGCUGUCACAAGGAUGGGCCAGUUCCCAUCAGCAUCCAGUGGGACAAUGACAAUGUCUUUGCUUUAUAACUUCGCUGAAUGUUACAUUCAACCACAUCAUCUUAAAUGUUCUUGUUCCAUCACUUUGCUGAAUGUUACACUCCAUCAUCCUCAAAUGUCUCAGUGCCAUCAAACAAAAUACUGCAGAUACUGGAAAUUGCAAAUAAAACUCCUUUACAGUCAAAGACAACACAGUGUGGAGCUGGAGGAACAACAGCAGGCCAGGCAGCAACAAGUGAGCGGCAAAGUUGACAUUUUGGGUUGGGGCUCUGAUGCUGCCUGACCUGCUGUGUUCCUCCAGCUCCAGUAUUGUCUCUGACUCCAAGAUCUACAGUUGUUGCUAUCUUAUCCCUAUUCAAAACCUCCCGAGGUUCCCUACCUCAUUCUCUAACCAGGCUCCAAUGUCUGUACCUAAUCCGCACUUUGUAAACACAACAGAAUGUUACUUCAAAACACAAUCAGAUCUCUCUCAAUAAGUUUGUUCUGACCAAUUCACGUCCUGUCACCUUGUGUGCCAGAGCUUUAUAAAAUUACAGCUCAGAAACAAGACACUGAGCCCAAGUAUUGUCAGCUAGUCUCUUACAUUGCAGCAGUGAGUAAAUUUCAGAAGUAUUUCAUUGGCUGUAAAGUACUUCUGGAUAUUGUGUGGUUAUGAGAGAUUAAUAUUAAAGUAAACCUUCCUCCUUUAUGCUGCACAAAAGCCUCUUCACUUCACCUUAUUCUACACACUCACCCUUUCUAGAUUCAGUAUAGUUGCCAUCUGAGAGAGGCGAGCGAACUUGUCACGAAUGGUCCACGUGAUCACUGAUGUCAGGUAUGCAAUAAGCGAUCGGAGCUCCUUGUCAAACUGCAACCCACCAAGCUGAAAAAUAACCAAAAAAGAGGUCAGGAGGAGACAGUGCAAAGUCGGCUUUUAAGAAGCCUGGUGGUUCAGUGGUUAGCACUGCCGCCUCACUGCGCCAGGAAGCCGGGUUCAAUUCCAGCCUGUGCAUGCAGUUUACACAUUCUCCCCAUGUCUAUGUGGGUUUCCUCCCACAGUCCAAAGAUAUGCCAAAUUGCCCAAAGUAUCCAGGAAUGUCUGGAUUAGGUGGAUUAGCCAUGGGAAAUGCAGGGUGUCAGGGAUAGGGUUGGGGGAAGUUGGGGUGAUGGUGGGGAGUCUGGAUAGAAUGUUCUUCAGUGAGUUGGUGUGGACUGGUUGGGCUAAAUGGCCUGUUUCCACACUGUAGAGAUUCUAUGGAAACAAAGACAAUGUUAAAUGAGGAUAGGAGAUGCCAAAUGGAAAGGUGAGGAAAUGUUUUAAAAAUGCAAGCAAGGAAUUCCCAUUCAAACACAAUUUGUAAUUUGAAAUGUUCCUCACGCUCCUCCUUUCUAUUUUGAAAGGAUUUUGAAGAUAUAUGAACUGUCUAAACCAUUACAUUUUUUUUUCUGUCUACAUUUAUUCUCAGUCUACCUGGGCUAGAGAUAAGGCAGUAGAGAGAAAAAUCCCAGAUCUGGAGCUAUCCAGUCACCUACUGUCCUAUGGGAAGGUCACUUGGAAUAUGGAAGCAGUUUUUUUAGGGAGGAGGAAUACAGGGAGGGGCUUAUUAGAAGACACCUGACCUCGAUAUGAACUCAACAGGAGUCAACAUCUUCAGGAAGACAACUGAGACUAAUUCCAAAAUGGUAUUUGUGCCAAAGACAGUUCAUGUUCUUUGAAGGACUAAAAACAGUAUGGUUGAAGCUUUGACUAAAACGCGUAUGUACGUUCAGUAUCUUAUGUUGCUGUUUCUAAGACAUAUGUGCUUUUGCAGAUUCCCCUUUUCCAUUAGUCACUGUGUGUGAUUAACUUCUAUGGUUUCUGAUGGUGAUUGGCAUGACAUCCCUUGACAAUAUUUCUCUAUGGCCAAUGGUUUCCGAGACCAAUAUAGUUUGAGUUUGCUCAUGCUGUGUGAGUUGGUAUAAUUGCCCUGAUUGACCAGACACACCCUCUUGAGAUGGGAUACACAGUGAGAUGCUGAGAUCCCUGAAACUUGUUAAUGUCCUCAGUUAUAUCACUCCUUAAUCCUUUACACUCCAGAGAAUACAAGCAUUAUACGUGCAACCUAUCAUCAAAAUUUAAACCGUUUGCUCAUCUGUAUAUCUUAGUACCUACACAGUAGCUCCUCCCCAGAAACCAUCAGUUCAGUUUGUUUCAGGACAAUAUAUAUAUUAAAUACUGUAGUAUGCAGCUUUCCCUGCUCAUACCCGGCUAAAAGUUGACUUGAGAACCACCUUUUCCAGUUCAAUUGCAAUCAGGCUUGUCAUCAGACCAGUGAGAUUAUCAUAGAUGACCUGAGACAAUCCAGCCUAGAAAACAAAUAAACACACACAGUCGCAUCUGGAAAUGACUGUACCUUCCCUUCCACCCACCCCACACCAAGGGACAACAACCAAUUCUGGUAAUCUGAAUCAAAAAUAGAAAGCACUAGAAACACACCAAAGGGUACUAAAUUCUAAUUUGCUGGUGUUCUGAAAACUAAUGAAAUAGAAUCAGCCAGCAGUUGUAUAGAGACAGGACUGUUUUGUGCAAGCUUCAUUCAAAUGUGACAGGCAUCUUUACUGUGAAGCUGUUAAAGAGCUGAGUCUUGGGGUGUGCUCUCCCUUACCAGGCCCACAAGGCCACUUUCAGGAGGUGAAGGACAUUGAUAAUUUCCAUAAUCUUGAGGCUUUUGGGAAAGAACAAUUAAGAGACAAUGUGGUUUCUCCUUAACACUACCCGUUUAUAUUUAGAAUCCAACACUAGGAAAGUUGUACUUAUUGUACAAGUUCUCAAUUUAGUUACAACUUUGAAUUUUAAGCCUUACAGGCACACCUUGAACUCUGUCAUCAGUUGCUCCAGGUUGAGAAUAAAUUGUUGAACCCAGGGAUCAUUGGCUUCAUAAUCAUUAAACUCCUCCUAGAAUACAAUAAGACACUGCAUAAAACAGAGGUCAAGAGCUUGAGAAAAGGCACAUCAGGAAUUGGCACUCUUGUUAAAUAACUGCACAUGUCUUUACUCACUUUACUACUUUUAAGAACAUGAAGACCACUUUUAGAGAGCUUCUGCAGCAUAUCUGACAACAAACUGAGUACCAAAGGCUGGUUACUAUUACAUACACGAGAAAGCAAUGCCUUCAGUAGAUGAGGCCUUCAGACCACUACCUCUGGUCACUACCUAUUAUACCAAUUUUGACAUUUGCUUGCAGUCUUAACAGCUGUAGUAAUGUUUACAACAUGUUGAAAGGGUUAAAAAGAGUCACUGUUUUAUACAUUGAGAAUGUGAUUGUGAACAAAUUAGAUAUAAUAAGAUGUUAAUAACAGAGCAUCAAGACAAUGUAACUCAGGCAAUAAACCACUGAGUUUACACAUAGUGGACUACAGACUGUCCACUCGGGACACUGAACUGCAAUACACUGGGUUUACAGAUUGAGGAAUACAGAAAAACAGAAGUUGGAGUGGGGAGAUACUGGGAUCAUGGUGUGACCCAUACAACAUUAAGUAACUUAACACUUAGGCUUCAUGUAUUUGCACCACACAGUGACAUGAACAAAUUUCUAAACUUGGAGAUGUCUAUAAUUGUGUUCAGUCAUUUGCUCCUUGUUUACACAAAGUGAAAUGCUCUCACCUCCUCAAUAUUGUGAGAGAUGGAGAGGAACCCAGUUAUCCAGGGCUUAAUCUGUGGCUUGAUAGCUGUGCUGUUGAGUUCUGCUAAACCUUCCUGCAAGAUAAAAUACAACUUGUUUAUAUACUUGGACACAGACUGGGUGUUGCAACAGCAAACAUAUUCUAGUUUCAGCAGUACCAGGGAAGCCAUCAUGGACAAAUUUCUAGUUAGUUAUCGACCCCCAUACCCUAGAUCCUCUUUUGAAUGGAUUGCUCCCAACAGAAUCAACCCUUUUUUCAAAUGUUCACACUUCUUGUAAGCACCCAUCUAGCGUUCAUCUCUCGUCUUAACAUCAACAAUCCUUUAGUCUGUCCCUCUUUUAACUCUCCCAGCACCAUUUCCACGUAUGCUACUGACUCCUCUUCCCCCUCCCAAAAAACCCAACCACAGCCUUCCUUCAAAAGCAUAAAUAAAUAUUACCAUUUCCCAGCUGCUUUCAGUUCUAACAAAGGGUCACUGGACUCAAAAUGCUAACUUUGUUUUUCUUUGUAUAGGUGCUGCUAGACCUGCUGAGUUUCUGCUUAAUAUUAAGUUUGGAGUCUGCAAUUAACUCAUUAAAAGACAAUAGAAGCAAAAAUUGGACCUCACCUGCAGGAGGUCCUUGAACUUGUUGGAGACUGCAGCCAAAUCCGAUAGGCAGCUGUCAAUCUUUGCUUGUGCUUGCUCUGCUCCCAGUCCUUGGUUGAACAGUUUUGUACAGUCACUCUGUGGAGAAAUAUAUACAUCAAACUUCCCACUCUAACAUGCUGGAUAACUCUAUAAACACAGUGAAGAACAAGCAUCUUACAUGACAGCGUUUCUAGUGAAGCACUACCUUCAGGUGAAUACAGGAGAAAACUGACCAAAUAAAAAGUCAUUUCAUGCUAUGGCCCAGAGACUGGCUUACUCGGCCAGAAGGAUUGGGAAAUAGUUUAUUGGCCUUCAUUGCAAGAGGAUUUGAGUUCAGAAGUAGGGGAGUUUUAUUGCAGUUAUCCAGGGCCUUGGUGGGACUACACCUGAUGUACUACAUGCAACUUUGGUCUUUCUACAAAGAAAGGACAUAAUUGCCAAAGAGGCAGUGCAGUGGAGGUUCAUUAGUGAGAUACCAGGCAUGACAGGACUGUCUUAUGAGGAGAGAUUGGUUUGACUGGGUCUGUAUUAGCAAGGUGAGAGGGAUCUGAUUGAAACAAAUAAAAUUCUAAAAGGCCUGGACAGACUAGAUGCAAAGAGGAUAUUCCCCCUGGUUGGGACUUUAGAAACAAGGGUGGACAAUCUCACAUUAUAGCAUAGACCAUUUAGGAUCGAAAUAAGGAAACAUUUCUCAAAAGGUAGCGACCCUGUAGAAUUCUUUACCACAGAACGCUGUGAAGGCUAAAUCAGUGAAUAUAUUCAAGAAGGAGACUGUCACAUUUUUAGAUUUUAAAAGCAUCAAGGUGCAUUGAGAGAAACCGGGAAUUCACACUGAAAUAGAGGAUCAGCUAUGAUCAUAUUGAACAGCAGAGCAGGUUCCAAUGAUCAAAUGGUCUACACGUGCCCCUACUUUCUAUUGUUUCUAUGAGAAGGAAGCUAAAUUUGGAAAUCAGCUGAGACUUGGACUGACAUUAGUGUCUUUGAAACAAGAGUUACAGUCUCCAUACACAUGAACUAUUGCACUCCACUUUCCUCAAGUAACAGUCAAGUACUAUAUCUUGGUCAAUAACUGUACAUGAAAGGGAGGACAGGAAUUAUGCAGCAUGGAGACAAUUAUCAGCUUGACCUUAAUCCUCAAUAUCAGCAUGUGACCAUCAGCAGUUAGUAGAUGGUGAGACUGAAUUAAGCUACAACACUGCUCAAAAUCAAGAAGUGUCUAAAUGUACAAUGGUAAGACUGACUACAUGAUGAAAAGCCAGUCAGGUGUGGUGCUGGUGGACUGCCUUGGGACUGUAUGCAAGCAGCUGGCUUGGUCCUUCCAUGAGAAGGGAGAAAAUUAAAAAUGUUAAUCCUGUCACAUAACACAUGUCCUUAGGUUUGCAUAUUCUCAUACCUCCAGGUUCUUUUUUAAGGUCAGAAGAUAUUCACUGCACAUCUCCACAUUGUUCAGAGUCACCUAAAUGAAACAAGACAAUUUAACAGCAAAUAAACAAAUUAGAAUAUUGAGCAGGACAGAUAGAAAACAGACAUUCGGUAAUGAAAGAGUCAGUGGGCACCUUAAGAUAAGAGUUCAGAAAGCUCAUUUCUGGGACUAACAAGUACUGUAAGAGGCAAAACUCUCAGCAUAAACCAGGCCUUAGUUAACGGUCUUUGGAAGUGCAGCAUGAAAUGGGUUCAGCAAGUUUUAAUCUUAAAUCAGUACAUAGCACAAAACUGCACUGAAGAAUGAACAGUAUGGGAAAGGGAUAAUGUGUCCCAUCAGUGCAACAUUGGAGAGUCAGACUGUGUAGGAGGCACAAUGUUCAGAAAAAGGAAGAGCAGUGCAAACUUUACUCUGCAGAUAACUAUGUUGGGAGCAAUCCACGACAGUGCUAGAGGCCUAAACUAUCAACAUCCUCAAAGACAAUAAUAAAGACAGAUGCAGGCAACCUCAAAAAGGCAUAGGGUCCUGGACAACUCAUGCCAUCAUUUAACAAUCACAAAAAAUUAUCACCAAGUUUGUGAUGGUGGUGUUUGGUAAUACCAAGAGUCUUGGAGUGUCUCAUGCUAGAACUGGAUGUGCUAAAUGAACAGGUCAUUCUAUGUAGAACUUAAAAUUCAUACUCAAAAACACGAAGAUUGCCCAUGUAGGUGAGAAUGCUCAAGGAAGUAGAACGAUGCCACUGAUGCUUGACAGCAAUAUCUAACAGGAGUGGCAGCCAUCUCAC